UUAUACGGGAGAAAAAACGAACUUACAACGGUUUUGCGCGCUUUCUUCUCGCUGGCAUUGCAAUUUGCAACCCACUAGCUAAACUCGCCGCCGUUGCUCUCAAAACAAAUCAUUCUUCCAAUUCUUCUUCUCCCCCGUGAUUCAAUCGAUUGGUCUGUGCGAAGUACGCUGGAGUAAGCAAGUAGCCAAUUUUUUCCUCACUGGAAAAAUGGGGUUUCCGGCCGCCCUUGCCAUUGUCCUAAUCGGAAUCGUAUUCUUCGCCUCCGGCCUCGUCGUCAAUCUCGUGCAGGCAGUUACAUUUCUCUUUUUCCGUCCAUUCUCCAAGGGAUUGUAUAGAAGGAUUAACAAAGUGGUGGCGGAAAUGUUGUGGUUGGAACUCAUAUGGCUGGUUGACUGGUGGGCUAAUUUGAAGGUUGAAGUAUAUGCAGAUGAUGAGACCUUUAACUUGCUGGGUAAAGAACAUGCCAUGCUCCUUUCUAAUCACAGGAGUGAUGUUGACUGGCUAAUUGGAUGGGUCCUUGCUGAGCGCUCGGGUUGCCUUGGUAGUUCACUAGCCAUCAUGAAGAGAGAAAAUAAAUGGCUUCCUAUAAUAGGCUGGUCAAUGUGGUUUUCGGAUUAUGUGUUUCUGACGAGAAGCUGGGACAAGGACGAAAGCACAUUGAAGUCGGGUUUUGAAAGGCUGGUGGAUUUUCCCAUGCCUUUUUGGCUAGCUGUUUUUGCAGAAGGAACUCGGUUUACUCAGGCAAAGCUAGAAGCAGCUCAGGAAUUCGCUGCUGCAAAGGGCUUACCAAUUCCUAGAAAUGUUCUGAUUCCCCGCACCAAGGGUUUUGUAUCAGCUGUAACUCAUUUGAGGGCAUUUGUUCCAGCAAUUUAUGAUUGUACAGUUGCUGUCCCAAAAGAUCAGCCCUCACCCACUUUGCUAAGAAUGUUUAGAAGACAGGCUUCCGUGGACGCUGCUCUGGAUAAGUUUCUUGUCAAGGACACCUUCAGCGAACGAAAGCAUGACAUCGGGCGACCUAAGAAGUCACUAUGUGUUGCUAUUGUUUGGUCGACUCUUCUAGUCUGGGCCAUUGCCAGUUUGUUCCAGUGGCUUUCGCACCUAGGCUCGUGGGUAGUCAUUGCAAUCUUGGUCACUUUACUCGUAAUCAUCAUGAUCGGAAUGCACAUUCUCAUCUAAUCCUCGGAGUCGGAGCACUCUACACCCGCACGAAAUGUGACAGUUGUUUGUGAUGGAGUCCAGGAUAGACUCAUUCAGAAAUGAACCAGCUGGGGGCAAGACAAAGACUUCUGCUUUUUAGUAAAUGUUGUCCAUUUUAGUCUUGUUUCAGUCAAGUCAAAUGGUUAAUCAUGAACAGCUCAAUGAAAAUUCAGCUAUGGGGUUGUGUAAAGUCUUGUUCUUUAUCCAUCAAAAAAACCUUUCCAAGUCAGGUUUUGAAGUUACAACAAGAGGGUGGGCUCAGCGGAUCUCUAUCUUUACUUUCUGCCGUAAUUUGGAAUG